UUGUUUCUGUGUCAGACAUUUUGUUGAUAGCUGACAUUUGUCACAUAUGAUUUUAGCUUUUCAAAUAAAUCGCAUUGUUAAAAUUCGUGCAAAUUGUAAUGGAUAGUUACUAUUAAAAUGGGUUUUGAUAUAAACAGGUUUCAAGGAGAUGUAGAUGAAGAAUUAGUGUGUCCUAUUUGUUCAGGAGUACUGGAAGACCCCUUGCAGGCUCCUGUGUGUGAACAUGCAUUUUGUAAAUCUUGCAUAACUGAAUGGAUUACAAGACAACCCACUUGUCCUGUUGACAGACAAAGUGUUACAUCAGCGCAACUGCGACCAGUGCCCCGAAUUUUACGAAAUUUGCUUUCUAGACUGUGUAUAAAUUGUGAUAACGCUCAGUAUGGCUGUACUCGCGUAUUAAAAUUAGACUCCCUUUCGUCCCACCUUGAAGAAUGCGAACAUAAUCCUAAGAGACCUUUACCUUGUGAAAAGGGCUGUGGUUUAGUUAUUCCUAAAGAUGAAUUAAAAGAUCACAAUUGCGUUAAAGAACUAAGAGCCUUGAUACAAACCCAACAGCAGAAAUUAAACGAUUUCCAACAGGAAAUUACCGAACAGCGCUUCCUAAUUAACGAACAAAAACGCGAAAUGCAAUUGCUUAAAGAAUUCAUGAGGGCCAUGAGAAUAUCAAACCCUUCGAUGAGAGCAAUUGCUGAUGCAAUGGAGAGAGAUGAAGUCUUAAGGUGGAGCAACUUCCUCCAAAGGGCGCGAGUCACCCGUUGGGGAGGGAUGAUUUCAACACCAGAUGAAGUUCUUCAAAGAAUGAUCAGAAGAACAUUGACUGAAAUGGGGUGUCCUAAUCAUAUAUUAGACGAUCUAAUGGAAAAUUGUCACGAGAGGAGGUGGCCCCCUGGCUUGAGUUCGCUGGAAACCAGGCAAAACAAUAGGAGACAAUACGAAAAUUAUGUAUGUAAAAGAGUACCAGGCAAGCAGGCUGUGCUGGUACUGGCAUGUGACAAUACGCAUAUGGGGGAAGAUAUGAUGGUGGAGCCAGGUUUAGUUAUGAUUUUUGCUCAUGGUAUAGAGUAACCUUUAUUGUUUUUAUUUUUAAAAUCACAUUCCUUUAAUCUGAUUUAAAAUACAUUAAUUUACAUUAAGUUUAAUCAUAAUUUUUCUCAUUGCUUGUAAAAUCUGGGGUCUGUGUGUGCAACAAGUGCAACAAAUGGUUCCAUUCUGGUGAUGAUGCAGUGAAUUUUAGAAAUUAUAAUUUGAUUGUAAAAAUAGAAAAUUGGAAGGAAAUGCUUGCAGCAAUUGGGUCACUAAUGACAUAGAAUUAUUCAACUUGAUCAGAUUAACAGUUUUGUACACACAUUAGCCGCGAUUUCGAAAUAAAGUCAAAAACCGUAGCUGCAAUGUUCCAUUAUUUAUGGACUAGAAGUAAAUUAUUAAGGCGGUGGUUUACCUACCUACAUUUUAUUUUUUAAUGUAUACAACAAAUAUUUUAUAAUGUUGAAGACAAUUUCGCGGUCUUCAUUUUUCAGUUGCUUUGUUGAAAAAAAUACAUAAUGUAUUAAAGAAGAAAACAUGGCUAUUUACUAAUCAAUAUUUUUUCAAUUGAACAAAAAAGUGAAAAUAAGCAAAUGAGAUGAACACAACUUUUAAUAAAAUCACUUCGCCUUAAUCAUCUGAUUUAAACUAUUUCCUACCGCUAAGCAAAUAAUUCAGUUUAAAAAUAUUGACUGCAUCAUCAAGUUUUAUUUCAAAAUGUAUUCAUUUGUUGAUUUUAUAAAGCUUAAAGUUAUCAAUAAUUCUACCUGCUGAAUCACCGUACUGCAUGUUUUUUACUAUGGCAUAUAGGAUUAUUGAUUGCUUUUAGAUGUUGCAAAAAUUUUGCUGUUAAUAUAUUGAUUUUUUAACAAAAACGGAAACGCUGACAGACACAAGCUUAAAUGUUUGGUGGGUGUGCUGUUUCUCCGUUUCGUUUCGUUGUUUAAUUACGAAUAGUUUAAUGAUCUAACCAUUUGAUCUCAAAAAUUCACAACAAAGUCGUUCCUACAUCCAAUCGGAUUUGGUCUGACAUAACACUAGUCACGUCAAAAAUGUGAUGUUUAUUUCUAAAUUUUUUGAAUAAUGGAGGUAUGGAAACAUCAAACACUAAAUUCUAUUUGAAGCAUCCCCUACUUAUUAGAGCACAUUUUGAUCAAUUGAAGACUAGCAAAGGAAACUUCAAAGGGCCAAAUAAUUAGACUAAUUUGUAGUUUCUUGCAGUUAAUUUUUGUUGGGUUUUAAACAUUUUUUGUUGUACAGUUGCGGAAUUAAAAUUUUGGGCAGUAUUUUUCUGUCACUUUAAAAAGUCCACUGUAAACUACCUUUUACUGUCAUCAUGACUGACAUUUGACAAUUAAACUUAUUUUUGUUGUUAAAAUUGUUAAUUAAAUGUCUUAGGAAAUUUAUUAAUUGAACUAAGUAAAAUUAAAUGAUCGCUUUGAUAUGCUGCCUACCCGUUAUUAAGCCAAAAAUCAAUAUUCUUGAAAGUAAAUACCUAAGUGAAAAUGACAUAAACAUGACAAGAGUAAAAAAUGAGGUUAUUAAUGUAAAGGUUGUUUUAGAGUUUACAUCAUGAAUUUGACAAUACUGCCCGAAAUUUUAAUUCCGCAAGUGUACGUUCUGAAGGGGUGUGAAUUUUUAUUUAUUUUGUAAUGUGAUUAAUAUUGAGGCUUAAAUAUGAUGUACUUAACUUCUGUUGGGCAUUUUGUAGUUCUUAUGUGCUGCCAAUUCUUGUAAUAAACAAGUAAGUUUUUA